CAGGGUGGCGGAGGAAAAGUCCCUUACCCCAAGCACGUCUGGUCGCCUGCCGGUGGUUGGUACGCCCAGCCUGCCAACUGGCGCGCCAACACGUUCAUCGCCGGCGCCGUGAUGUUUGGCGUCGUCGCCAUUACGUGGAAGUUCAGUGCCGACAGGGAACGAUGGGCGCACAAGCCAGAGCCCUGGGAGUGGCAUCCUAGCCGAUAG